CAUUUACAGCUUUACUGCCUCGUUCACUUUGUCAGAUUUGCUCUCACGGCCACCUCUAUCUCUCUUUCUCUCUCCCUCUUUGAAGCUUUCUCUCUCUCUCAUUUAAAUACACUCUCAUUCAUUCAGCUCAUUCACAGGCACGGGUCAGGCAGCCUCACAUUUCACCUUGUUCUGCCCCUGGCUGAGAGGAAAGAGCUCUGCAAGGUGCAGCCAUCACACAGGACACAAGUUUGGGUUUCGCUCCAGGAAAAGACGGGAUGGAAUUGGAAAGUUCUCAUUCAUUCUGAAGAGCAAGACUGGCAGCAGUAAACACAGACAUCUGGUUACAAGAUCAAAGAGUAAUACUCUUUAAUCAUUUGAAGCUGGUCACUUUGCUUUGUUUACACGGUUCCUGGUCCAAGGAUCUCUUACCCCAUGUUCCCGCUAACAGGGUCUGCGUGAGGCAGAUUGCCCAACGAAGACCAGCAUCAUGUCGAAUACUUGUGCAAGGUGCACCUUGGGAGUCUGACCCAUCAUGUGCAGAUGGACACGCACCACCUUUGGUCUCUUCUCCGACCUUACCUCCACUGGGUCAGCUCUCCCUUUUCCCCUGAUAUGCCUGUACCUGCUGUUUCUAGCUUGCUCUGCUUUUGGAGGUUGCCCACCUGCGCAGGGGCAUGACCCUCUUCAAGCUCUGGCACAGGGCACGAACUGCUCGUGGACUCUGGAGCGGCACACCAGAAGCUACAACCAUCUCGAGGGUGACGUCCGCCUGCGUCGCCUCUAUUCCGCCAAUAAGUUCUUUCUCUGCAUCGACAAGACGGGGAAGGUCGAUGGCACCCGCCGGAAGAAUUACGCUGACAGUCUGAUGGAAAUCCGAUCUGUCAGUGUGGGAGUUGUUGCCAUCAAAUCUGUCAGCACCGGUCUGUACCUAGCCAUGUCCAAAAAAGGCACGCUCUUCGGAUCGGUCAGAUACAACCCAAGCUGCAAGUUUAAGGAGCGCAUCGAGGAAAACGGCUACAACACGUACGCCUCCCUGCGCUGGAAACACAAGGGAAGGCAGAUGUUCGUGUCUCUCAACGGCAGAGGGAAACCGCGGAGAGGACACAAAGCUCGACGAAGACAUCCGUCCACCCACUUCCUCCCUAUGCUCCCCACGUAGCUGGACUCUCAUCCAUGAGCAAUGCUCGGACAUCGUCAUUUGAAAUCCUCCACCCCAUUUGAAUGCUAUUAAGCUGUUUUUUUUCCUCACAGUACAUUAACUUAUUACUCAGCUUAAAUCCCAGUACAGUUUAAUGCAAGUUCUGUAUAUACAGGUUAUGUAUUAAUGUUAUUGUUAAGCAUCCAUUAUGGUGUACAGAUCACUAAAUGACAUGUGACCCAGUCUGUUAAAACCCAGCUAAAGACUUACAUUUUACUGCAUAAAAUCAUCUUAUGUAAUGUAAAGAACGUUCAUUGAAAAUAUAACCUUGAUAUCUUUAAUAUUGGCUGAGUAAGGUCAUGUCAAAGGUGUUUUUAUACCCACAUAUCUUUCUAAUGUGUCACAUUAACAUUAUUUUUCUCAGCCUGUCGCGCAAUAGAACAUUUAAUAUUUUUCAACCUCUGCU